UGAGAGAGAGAGAUCGAGAUUACUGGUGAUUAGUCAAUAAUAAAUUCAUUGAACAAGCUUAGAUCCACCGACGAAAAAUUGGAUCCCCUUUCUCCAUCAGUCAACCCCCUCCAUUUAUCGUAUAAAUCAACCAAAAUCCCCAUUUUUUUAGCCAUAAAUCAAUCACCAAACUUCUCUGUAUUUCACCAACGAAAUUCUUAACAAUGGCAGCCGCUUCGCCAACACCAGUUCUUCCAAUUUCCAACCCCCAAACCACCUCCACAACCGUCGCCACCACCGAUACCCAACAAACCGUCACCGGUGUGGGUCCUACCCCGGCUCUCCGUGCAUUCAUCAACCGCAUCUCUGAAACCGUCCAAGGUGGUCUCUCCAAUCGCCGUCCAUGGGCUGAACUCGUUGAUCGUUCUGCCUUCGCUAAACCCGAAUCUGUUUCCGAUGCUACCCUUCGUAUCCGCAAAAACUACUCCUAUUUCCGUACCAAUUACCUUUCUCUCCUCGCCGUUGUCCUCGCUUUCAGUCUCAUCACAAACCCAUUUUCCCUCAUUCUUCUCACCGGUCUCCUCGCUGCUUGGCUUUUUCUUUACCUUUUCCGUCCAUCAGAUCCGCCUUUGGUUCUAUUUGGUCGGCAGUUUUCUGAACGGGAAACGCUUGGAGUUCUCAUUGUUUCCACCGUCGUUGUUAUUUUCCUCACCAGCGUCGGAUCUGUUCUCGUUUCUGCUUUGAUGAUUGGUCUCGCAAUUGUGUGUACACAUGCUGCUUUUAGGGUUCCUGAAGAUCUUUUCCUUGACGAUCAGGAGUCUCCGGCAACUGGGUUUCUCUCUUUCUUGGCCGGCGCCGCCCCUACCUCUGGCCCCGCUGCUGUUUCCGCUAGGGUUUGAGGGUACAACGACACCGUAUUGAGGUCCAAGGAAAUUUAUUUCUUGUAAAGGUAAUUGAAAUUGAUUAGUAGAGUAAGAGAAUAAUCAAAAAUUAUAUUAACCCAAAGAGAUUGUUCUUUUUUGUUUUUUCUUUUUUAGUUAAUAUGGAAUUGUAUAAUCAGGAUCUGCUGGGGAUUUUGUUUGUGUAAUUUGUUUAGUACAAAGUUUAUAUGUCUUAUCAUUUGAUUGAUUCAUUUCUUAAUUGUUGUUAAUAAAUAUGAUAUUGAAUGUUA